GAAUGCAAGCCAAAUUGAGGUUUUCUUCUUGCGAGGCAAUAGAGCGCUAGUGUUGUUCAUGUUACAGAAUAAGGACAGCGAAGCAGGUUAAGCUGGCGAUCGGCGGUCGGAAUGGCGAGGACACCAAUAGGUUGUGAACCGGUUGUUGGAUCGCUGACGCCCUCGAAGAAGAAAGAGUAUAGGGUGACUAACAGGCUCCAAGAAGGCAAACGCCCCCUUUACGCUGUCGUUUUCAACUUCAUUGACUCUCGUUACUUCAACGUCUUCGCUACCGUCGGUGGCAAUCGAGUGACUGUAUACCAAUGCUUGGAAGGUGGAGUCAUUGCUGUAUUGCAGUCUUACAUCGAUGAAGAUAAAGAUGAGUCCUUUUAUACUGUCAGCUGGGCAUGCAAUAUUGAUGGGACCCCAUUCUUGGUUGCCGGAGGAUCCAACGGAAUUAUACGUGUAAUUGAUUCUGGCAAUGAGAAGAUACACAAGAGCUUUGUUGGUCAUGGAGACUCAAUAAAUGAAAUUAGGACUCAACCGUUGAAGCCAUCACUUGUUGUAUCUGCAAGCAAAGAUGAGUCAGUUCGGCUGUGGAAUGUUCAUACCGGAAUUUGCAUAUUGAUAUUUGCCGGUGCUGGUGGCCAUCGCAAUGAAGUCCUCAGUGUGGACUUUCAUCCUUCUGAUAUAUUUCGCAUUGCUAGUUGUGGGAUGGAUAAUUCAGUUAAGAUCUGGUCUAUGAAAGAAUUCUGGCCUUAUGUGGAGAAGUCAUUUACUUGGACCGAUCUUCCAUCUAAGUUCCCUACAAAAUAUGUACAGUUUCCUAUGUUCAUAGCUUCCAUCCAUACAAACUAUGUUGAUUGCACAAGGUGGCUUGGUGAUUUUAUUCUUUCAAAGAGUGUCGACAAUGAGAUUGUAUUAUGGGAACCAAAGAUGAAGGAGCAUUCUCCUGGCGAGGGUACAGUUGACAUCCUUCAGAAAUAUCCAGUCCCAGAGUGUGACAUAUGGUUCAUCAAGUUCUCAUGUGAUUUCAAAUACAAAUCAGCUGCUAUAGGAAAUAGGGAAGGGAAGAUCUACCUUUGGGAUCUACAAACCAGCCCCCCUGCUCUCAUUGCCAGGCUAUCUCAUGGUCAAUCAAAAUCUACAAUUAGACAGACAGCAGUGUCCUUUGAUGGGAGCACCAUUCUUAGCUGCUGUGAAGAUGGAACCAUAUGGCGCUGGGACGUUGUUGCAAGUUCCUGAAAUCUUUUUAACGCUAAGUUUGUGUUGCUUUGGUUUAUUAUUACUGUGGAUUUUAAUGAAAUUAGGAUUCAUAGUUUUUGGAAUCCAUUGUUUUCUCACUAUGGGCUAGUGAAAAAAUCUGAGAAGUUGAUUUAAACGCAUUCAAUGUGUUCAUAUUGCCAAAGGUGGUAACAAAUCUACACGCUGGUUCCAUGUGAACUCAAGAGUAUUUUUAUAUUGGUAACCUGGACCUAAUAAAUUGUGCUCCCAGGGGCGGAUCUUCCGGGAGGCAGGGGGGCGGUGCCCCUGCUUUGGCCGUGCGAGCUAGGGUAUAGGUAGGGGUUGGGGGCCGCUGGACCGAUCCGUUGUUUUCCGGCGAGCUUGGGAGCUUGGGCUGUUGUUUUCCGGCUGGAGGACUGGGAAGGUCAAUGGAGCAAAUGAGGUAAGCGAGGUUUUUUUUAAUGGUACGGUGUCGUUUGACAGUCAGGGAAAAAAAUAAGGGUCAAUUGGACAAGGCAGGUCCAAGUGCCCAACAGCCCAAACGAAUUAAAGUGCACAGAUCAAGCCAAGCAGCAAACAACCUCCCUCAAAAAAUAGCGAACAACCAGUGCCCAACAAGGCUACGGAGAACUCGGAGACCACCCCUGGCGCAAGCGCAAGCUCAAGCCAGUGAGCCACACAGCCACACCGGAGCGCUGUGCGUCCGUUGCCCCACUCGCUCAAUCCCUUCCGCCCUCUGUCGUCCACCUGUGACAUGUCCGGUAGCCGGUAGGUUUUCCGUUUUACCAUUUUUUAAAAAAUAAAUUAAAUAUUUGGUGUUUCAUUAUUAUUGAGUUUUUUACAUUCAUAAAUAUGACUAGAAAAAUAUGUAGUGUAAAUUAUUUUGAAUUAAAUCUAAUGAUUAUGUAUUAAUGUAUUCUUGGUAUUAAAAUAUAAAUUUAUAAUAGUUUGAAUUAA